AUGUUUUUCAAGAAUUGGCUGGUCAUUGCGCUCUCUGGUUUGGUGGCGGCCGAAGAUUGUGUUAAUGCACCAGAUAGCCGAAACUGUUGGCGAGAUGGUUUUGACAUCAAUACGGAUUAUACCGAUCCGGCGAAUGUGCCAUCUGGAAAACUUGUUGAGUACGACCUCACUGUGGCACAGCAGAUCAUCACACCCGACGGGUACGAGAGACUCGGGACAGUUUUUAAUGGUCAAUACCCUGGUCCGACAAUUGAAGCAGAUUGGGGAGACACGCUUCGAAUCACCGUCAGGAAUAAUUUGACCAAUAAUGACAAUGGAACUGCUGUGCAUUGGCAUGGUAUACGUCUAUUUGAGACGAAUUGGCUCGAUGGUGUGCCUGGUGUCACGCAAUGCCCGAUUUCGAGGCCUAUUCAUAUCCAUGGUCCGACCAGUGCUAAUUGGGACAUCGACUUGGGUCCAUGGACCAUCACAGAUUGGUAUCACGACGAUGCCUUCACUUUGAAUUGGAUAUCUCUGGCUGGUCAAUUGGCUCCUUUCCCCAAGUCGUCGCUGCUCAAUGGCAAAGGUGUAUACGAGUGCGACCCCGAAAGCGACAGUCGCUGCACAGGAAAACAAGACUACUUCGAGCAGAUCCUCCAGAGCGGCACACGAUACAAGGUUGGGCUGAUCAAUACCGCCACGCUAUUGACCUACUCGUUCUGGAUCGACGGACACAACUUUACAGUCAUAGCUUCAGACUUUGUUCCGAUUGAACCAUACAAAACCAGCAAAUUGAAUAUAGGCAUGGGACAACGAUAUGACAUAAUCAUAGAAGCGAAUGCCGACUUUGUCAACGGCUCCAACUUCUGGAUUCACGCCGAAUAUUGCGCCGAAGCUGGAGUUAUCGACAACACCAAAGUCGGCAUCAUCCGCUACAAUGCGAACAAUACUGCAGAGCCUUAUACUCCAGCACCUACCGACGACUACAAGUGCGCCGAUAUCCUUCCCAGUAACCUUGUCCCAGUCGUAUCCAAGAGUGUCGGUCCUAAGGCAAAUGACUUGGAUAUCAAAGACUAUCUCACUGUCGGAGAAGUUAACAAGCUCCCUUCCCCCUGGAUUCUCGACCCCCGUGUGCAUCUCUGGACAAUCAAAACAACCCCACUCUAUAUCGACUGGGAAGUGCCCAGCAUUGUAAAAUUAACUGCGGGCGACGACAGUACGAUCAAUACCCUAUUUCCAGCGCAGACCGUUCCCAUCGAACUCGAAUUUGAAACCGGUGAAUGGGUCUAUUUUGUCAUAACGGCCAACUACUCCGUCGAAGAUGUCGUCACACCACGCAAUCUGACACCCUCGGUACACCCGAUUCACUUACAUGGGCAUGACUUUGCUAUCCUGGCACAAGGACACGGGGAAUUCACAGAUGACGUGGAGCCGAAUUUGGUCAAUCCACCGCGUCGGGAUGUUAUUAAUGUCGAUAUUAAUGGAUGGGCGUGGAUUGCAUUCCAGAUUGAUAACCCUGGAGCCUGGUUGAUGCACUGCCAUUUACAAUUCCAUUCAUCAGAGGGUAUGGGUUUGCAAUUUAUUGAACAACGGUCGAAGAUUAGGGGGCUGGCGGAGAGAGCGGAUGUUUUGGGAGAACUCUCGGAUCGAUGCGAAUCGUGGUCUGACUGGUAUCAGUCGAAGAACAUUCCUGAUAAUUCGAUUCAGGAGGACUCGGGGAUCUAG